CUUGCUUUCAAACACAUUUCUAGCCAUUAACAUGGCACGCUCCAAGGCGCAGGUUCGCAAGGUCAAGAGCGCUGGCCGCGACGGGUACGUUGAAGGAAAGAAGGCGGCCGCAGAGCGCAAGAAGGCUAAGGCCAAGAUCAAGGCCAAAGGCAAGGCCAAACAUGCUGCCAAGCUCGCAAAGGAGGAGAAGAAGCGCCUGGCACGAGAGACCGCCGCCGCUCCAGACCAUGACGAAGUAGAUGACGGCUUCAUUGAGUUCGCAGCGGAUAAAGACCAUCCAAAGGGCUCAAAGAAGAAAGAAGAGUCUCAGAAGGAGGAAAACCGCGUGCUGCAGCUCGAGUCGCGGCCCUGGAUGAGGCAGCGCAAGGGAUACGUCGGCAGCAACGUGUACGAGUGUCUCCACGACGAGAUCAUGGACUUUGUGACCUUCAUAAGCCCCACAGAGGACGAGUUAAAUAGCAGAGCGCAGCUAGUACAGGAGAUGCUGGAAAUAGUCAAGGGAUUAUGGCCCGAAGCCACCGUCGAGACCUUCGGCUCGCACUAUACGCAGAUGUUCUUGCCCCAGAGCGACAUUGACAUGGUACUCUUUGGAGUUCCAGAAGGCAAAGAGCCCCUGUAUAAGCUGGCACAGUGUCUUGAAGAGAAAGACCUCGUGAGCUACCUGGAAGUGAUCGAUAAAGCCAGAAUCCCCAUCGUCAAGAUGGUACACAAGGAGAGCAACAUUCACGUGGACGUAUCGUUCAAUGUGGCGGGCGGCUUAGCCACCGGAGACCUGGUAAAGCACUACAUGAGAGUAUACCCGUCGUUCCGGCCUCUGACGCUCGUGCUCAAGUACUUUAUGGCGCAACGAGGACUGAACGAGACGUACUCGGGUGGCGUGGGUUCUUUUCUUCUACAGAUGAUGGUGGUUAGCUUUUUACAGCACAAUGGACGUGCACUGGGUGCUGAACACGACGACCCCAAGUUUAACAACUUGGGACAGUUAUUAGUGGGCUUUUUCACGCUGUAUGGACGCGACUUUAACUACACGGAACUUGGCAUCUCCGUGCGAAAUGGUGGGUCAUAUUUUCUCAAGGAAGACCACCGCUGGUACGAUGAUGGACGUCCGUAUUUGAUCGCGAUGGAGAACCCGAACGAGCCGAGUCUUGACAUCGGCAAGAACUCGUACGAGAUGCGAACGGUAAAGCGAUCGUUUGACUACGCCCGACAGGUAUUACAGAACGAAAUCUAUCGCCACGGCAAGUUCAACGCACUUCCCGGUAGCAUUUUGGGCACGAUUAUCCAGCCAGACAGCAACUUGGUCAAGAGAUUGCCACCCGCGAGCUUCGGGUAUGAUAUUCUGCACCACGACCCCGUGAAGACGGCUGAGAUUAGGCAACAGUACGAGAUGCGUCGCGACGAGGAAGCAAACAAAAAGCGUGCAGCAGAGGCGGCGAAGAAUAUCCGACAGAAUGGUACUAACGAGCCACCCUACAAGCGCUGGCGAGGUCGAAGUCGAGCAUACUGAGCGAACUUGUUUAAAGCCCGUAGGUUAGUCGUUGAAGGGAGCUUCAUCAAAACUCAAUAUUCAUCACUUUGGUAUCAUGAAUCUCUAGGCUUCCUGCAGUAACUCGGGAGAAGCUGGUCGGAAUUUGAUGUACUUUAAGGAGUUGGGGUUCUUGGGUUUCCACUUGAGAGCGUUGGCCUUCCUGUAAUUACGCUGUUCAUCCGGAGUCAUGGAUUCCAUCUUGACAUAUUCGUGUUUGCAAGCUUCACUGCAUGCUCCCAACAUGGUAGUUGCACAGUUUGAGCACUGCAAGAUCAAUCCGUGACACAUCAAGUUGCUGCAGUUGGUGUGGUGG